AUGCUGGACUACGAUCUCGAAGAGAACCAUCUCGUACGGCAGAACAGAUUGCUAUCGUCGCUCUUCAGCAAAGAACUACCACCCAUACCUGAGGACGACGAGCGACCCGAACACCCAGAACGCGAUGCCAACUUCUUCUCCAAGAUCUUCUUCUGGUGGAUGAUUCCCGUCAUGAACACCGGAUACAAGAGAACGUUGACACCCAAGGACUUGUUCACGUUGUCAGAUGACAUCAAGGUCGAAACCAUGGCUGCCAGGUUCAUGGCCAUAUUUACUCUGGAUGUAGAAAGAGCCAAGCUCAAACAUGUCAAGAAGAAAUGCAAAAAGAGAGGCGAAACCUUAGAAUCCAGUAGUGUUGACUUUGACACUGACGUCGAAGACUUCAAGGUCAGUCCCAUCAUGUUCUUCUUCACUAUCUGGAAAACGUAUAAAUAUCAGUACUUUGCUGCAUCUGUAUGUCUCGCCAUAGCCAAUAGUGCCCAGGCUGUCAACCCGUUGCUUUUCAAGAAGUUAAUUACCUACGUUGGCUUGAAGGCUUACGGUAUCGAACAAGGUGUAGGUAAAGGUGUUGGCUAUGCCAUCGGCUCGUGUCUUAUAGAAUUUCUUGGUGCUGUGUUGUUUAACCAUUUCUUCUACAAGGCCAUGAUGACCGGUGCUGAGACUAAAGGUGUGUUGACCAAGGCUCUUUUGGAAAAGUCGUUCCGUUUGAGUGCUGAAUCCAAACACAAGUUCCCUGUAGGUAAGAUCACUUCCAUGAUGGGAACGGACUUGUCGAGAAUAGAUCUUGCUCUUGGUUUACAGCCUUUUAUCUUUGUAUUCCCUAUUCCCAUCGUGAUAUCUAUAGCUAUCUUGAUUGUCAAUAUCGGUGCUGUUGCUUUAAUCGGUAUCGGUGUCAUGCUUCUCUUCAUGGCCGUUAUUGGGGGCACCACAGCUAAAUUGUACAGUUACAGAACCAAAGCUAACAAGUACACCGAUAUACGUGUCAGUUACAUGAAAGAAGUGUUGAACAACUUGAAGAUGAUCAAGUUCUACUCCUGGGAACCUCCCUACUAUGAAAACAUUUCUUCAACGAGAACUAAGGAAAUGGAUAUUAUCUACAACAUGCAAACGUUGAGAAGUAUUGUCACUGCUCUUGCCAUGUCUUUGACUGGUUUUGCUUCGUUGGUAGCCUUCUUAGUCUUGUUUGCUGUCGAUAACGACAGAAAGAACCCUGCUUCUAUUUUCUCUUCUAUAUCUUUAUUCAACGUGUUGUUGACCCAAGUGUUUAUGUUGCCCAUGGCUUUGGCUACCAGUGCUGAUGCCUUUGCUGGUGUUGGUCGUGUAUCCACGUUCUUGACUACUGGAGAAGUUGACCCCAAGGAACUUGAAACUGAUAUUAGUGCUGAUGUCCUCCAAAGAAUGGACAAAGAAGACGUUGUUAUUGAAGUCAACAAUGCCAGCUUCGAAUGGGAAAUUUUUGAGGACAUAGAAGAAAAGGACCCAAAGAAGGAAAAGGAAGAAAAGAAAAAAGCAAAGAAGGCUGCUAAAGAAACAAAGAAGUUGGCGAAGCAGGCCAAGAAUUCCCAAACAAUUACUCCUUCAGAAGAAGAGUUGUCAAAGAUUGAUAGUCCCAAGUUCACUGAAAAGGAGCUUUCAACAGAAUCAAAGUCUGUCGAAGAAAAAGUCUUUGCUGGCUUGAACAAUAUCAACUUGUCGAUUAAGAAAAACGAAUUCGUUGUUAUCACUGGUAUGAUUGGAUCAGGUAAGACAUCUUUAUUAAACGCCUUGUCUGGUUUCAUGAAGAAGACUUCUGGUGAAGUCCUUGUCAGUAGUUCCUUAUUGUUAUGUGGAUAUCCAUGGAUUCAAAAUACUACUGUUCGUGAAAACAUUGUCUUCGGUUCUGAAUGGGACGAAGAGAAAUAUAACAGAGUUAUUUUUGCUUGUUCAUUAGAAAGUGAUAUCGAAAUUUUGCCUGGUGGUGAUCUUACUGAAAUUGGUGAAAGAGGUAUCACCCUCUCGGGUGGCCAGAAGGCCAGAAUCAAUUUGGCUAGAGCUGUCUACGGUGGAAGAGAAAUCAUUCUUAUGGAUGAUGUAUUGUCUGCUGUUGAUGCCAGAGUAGGUAAACAUAUCAUGAACAACUGUAUUCUUGAUUUGUUGAAAGAUAGCACUAGAAUAUUGGCCACACAUCAGUUGUCACUUAUUGACUCUGCUGACAGAGUGAUUUUCUUAAAUGGUGAUGGUUCCAUUAGUGUUGGUACUAACGAAGAACUCCAGAAGUCUAAUCCAGGUUUCGCAGCUUUGAUGGCCCAUAAUGCAAAGACUGAAGAAGAUGAUGAAGACGAAAAGAUCGACGUUGAUCUUGACAAGCAAAAGUUCGAAGAACACCACGAGGUUGAAAAAGAACUCAUUCAGCGUCAAGUUACGAGAGCCUCUGCUGUAGAUGAAGAAGCUAUUCGUAAGGACUACAAUAAGAACGUUGAAGAAGAUGGACAUUUAAUAGAAGAUGAAGACAGAGGUGUCAACGCAAUUGCUUUAGAUGUCUACUUGACAUAUGUCAAGCUUGGCUCUGGCAAGUACACUGCAUGGGGUAUUGUGCCUCCGAUGUUGGUUUUCAUGGCUCUUGCUACUUUCUGUCAAAUCUUCACCAAUACCUGGUUGUCCUUUUGGACUGAGAAUAAGUUUUCUGGCAAGGACGACAACUUCUACAUUGGUAUCUAUGUGAUGUUCACAGUAUUGUCUUUUGUCUUUUUGGCUUUAGAGUUCAUGUCGUUGGUAUACAUGACCAAUACUGCUGCUGUUAAGUUGAAUAUUGCAGCUGUGCAAAAAGUUUUGAAAGUCCCUAUGGCUUUUAUGGACACUACACCAAUGGGUAGAAUCUUGAAUAGGUUUACAAAGGAUACAGACGUGCUUGAUAACGAAAUUGGAGAACAAAUCAACUUUGCUUUGUUCAUGCUCAGCAACGUUGUUGGUAUCAUUAUAUUGUGUAUUAUCUAUUUGCCAUGGUUUGCUAUUGCUGUUCCAUUCCUUGGUUUCAUGUUCAUCGCAGUUUCCAACUACUAUCAAGCGUCUGCCAGAGAAAUUAAAAGACUUGAGGCUGUUCUGAGGUCUUUUGUUUACAACAACUUUAAUGAAGUCUUGAAUGGUAUCAAUACUAUAAAUGCGUACAAGGCUGAAUCAAGAUUUGUGGCAAAGAAUGACCGUUUGAUCAAUGGAAUGAACGAGUCAUACUAUCUCACUAUUGGUAACCAGCGUUGGUUGGGUAUUCAAAUGAACAUUAUUGCUGUUUUGUUUUCGUUAUUGAUCGCUUUGCUCUGUGUUAAUAGAGUGUUUAAGAUCAGUCCUGCUUCGGUUGGUUUGUUGUUGUCUUACGUUUUCCUGAUUGGUGGUACGUUGUCUAUGCUCAUCAGAACAUUCACACAAGUUGAAAACGAAAUGAACUCAGUAGAAAGAAUAUCCUACUACUCUUUCAGUCUUCCUCAGGAAGCUCCAAGUUAUAUCACAGAAAACUCUCCUCCUCCCGAAUGGCCGGCCAAGGGUGAAAUUCAUUUCAAAGAUACUUCUUUGGCCUAUAGACCAGGCUUGCCAUUGGUCUUGAAGAACUUGAACUUCAGCAUUAAAGGAUCGGAAAAGAUCGGAAUCUGUGGUAGAACUGGUGCUGGUAAGUCAUCCAUUAUGACAGCCUUAUACAGAUUGUCAGAAUUAGACGGGGGUAGCAUUGUGAUUGAUGAUAUUGACAUUUCAACUCUUGGAUUGCAUGAUUUGAGGUCGAAGCUUUCCAUCAUCCCUCAAGACCCUGUGAUGUUUAGAGGUACAAUUAGGAAGAACUUGGAUCCUUUCGAUCAAAGUACAGAUGAUCAAUUGUGGGGUGCUUUGGUGCGGACUGGAUUGGUCGAAGCAGAUAGGUUGGAUGUGGUCAAGGCACAGGUCAAGGUUCAAAAAGAAGAUAAAUCAGACCAUGGGGAUAAUAAUAAUGGUGCCGACAAGAAAGGUGCAGAAGAAGGCAGUAUUCUUCACAAAUUUCACCUUGACCAAAUGGUUGAAGACGAAGGUGUUAACUUUUCGUUGGGUGAAAGGCAAUUAAUUGCAUUUGCCAGAGCUUUGGUGAGAAACUCCAAGAUCUUGAUUUUGGAUGAAGCCACAUCAUCUGUUGAUUAUGAAACUGAUGCCAAGAUUCAAAACUCGAUCGUCAACGAAUUUGCUGAUUGUACAAUCUUGUGUAUCGCUCACAGAUUGAAGACGAUUAUUAAUUACGACAAAAUCUUGGUUUUAGAUAAGGGUGAGAUUAAAGAGUUCAAUACUCCUUGGAACUUGUUCAAGACAAAGGAUAGUAUUUUCCAACAAAUGUGUAUCAAGUCUAAUAUUGUUGAGGAAGAUUUUCACAGGGUUUCUAAGUUUUAG